AUGGUAAUAGCAGCAGUAGCCAGCGCUGACAUUGAUAUUAAUGACGACGAACAGUUUCAGACUGCAACUGAGUCGCAGUUGCAACUACAUUCGGGGGCUAAAGAGUCCGGGAAUCCAGAUUUUCAAGUAAAUUUUUAUGAUAUUUUAUCAAAAAAAAACCAGGAUGCAAGGGAUCUCAAAGUUUCGGCGUUAAAUUCUUCCUCGUCAGAUGGCUGUCGAACUUUAUCGCCUCCAACCUCAUUUGUUAAGAGUUUGACUCCACCUGCCGUAAGAAGAUUAAAAUCGUCUUUGAAAUUAUCAAAGUCAUUUUCCACAACUUCAAUUGCAACUACUACUUCUUCGACGGGAUCAUCACAAAAGAAUGUUAGAUUUGCUGUUGAUUUAACUACUGUUAAAAAUUUCGAUUCUAAUGCCGAACCUAUUUCAAUUUCAAACGAAAAUUCCCCGUCUUUGAAACCUAUAAUAGAUCUUUCAGAUCUCCAGGACAAUCGAACAGAUCUUUGUUAUGAAGAUGAUCUUUACAACGGUUACAGUGAUGAUCAAGGGAAUGAUGAUGGAUUCUGGUUUAAUCAAUUACCUACACUAAAGACGUUGAGAAAUGUCUCUUAUUUGAAAAAACGUCCAUUAAAUCGUACAGACUUUAGUGGUACGAGAAAUCAUUUUAGAAGUAACAGUUGGAGUCACAACCAACCCGGUAACCAUAAUUAUCAGAAUAAUAAUAAUAAUAAUAAUGAUAACCGCAACACUUUAUCGAAUUUUAGAUUGGAUUCUUAUUUUGAUUAUGACCAUACUAAUGAUCAUUAUUACGACUAUGAUUCAGACUCAGAUUCGAAUUCGGGUUCAGAUGCAGAUUCUAACUCGGAUUACAAUUCCGAUUCUAAUUCUCAUUCUGAUGGUGAUAAUACUGGGACUUUCAUCAGUAAUGAUAACAGCAACGAUUGUGACAUUGAUAAUAACCAAAAGCACAAUCAUAAUGAGGAAAAUACCACUAAAUUAUUCGAAAUACUAGAAUGGAAAUUGAUAAGUUCAAAUAUUUUUUCUUUUAAGAGGAAGACUUUCAAUCCUUUUGUAUCCAAGGUGAACUUUAGUAAUAAUUCAAAUUUAGAAGGUCAAAUCUUCGAGUUCCUUCAAGGUUCAAAUAUCAAACUCCACUCUCUAAAACAAUCAAAGGAAAAAAAUGGUUCAAUAUGUGGUCUAAUCUUUGUUAAUAAUUUGAAUUUUGAAAAAUCUAUUGAAAUUAAAUUUUCUUUUAAUAAUUGGAAAGAUAUUCAUUAUGUUUCUGCAAAUUUUUCAAAGUCAAUUACGAGUAACAUUGAUGAAUUUUCUUUUGUUUUUGAUUUAAACAGUCUGAAAUAUGCUUUGAAAGUUAAAAAUUUGAUCUUUGCAAAUAAAAAAUUGUCAAAAACUUUUUGUCCAUUGAAUUUAGAAUUCUGUUGUCGUUAUGAUGUUAAUAAUGAAACUUUUUAUGAUAAUAAUAAUUAUCAGAAUUAUCAAAUUAAAUUGGUUGCUGCAACAAAACCAACAUGGGAAACAAAAAGAUUUGAAAAAUCACAAACUUGUGCAAAAUCGAAAUCCAAUUUAUCUUCCUCAUGUGUUGAUGAUCUCAAUGCAAUUCAUAAUGACAAUAUCAAUAAUGAAAAAGUUGAUGAUGGCGAUUCAUUUGCAAGAAAUUUUUUGGUUAGUACAACUUUAUCGCACAAUCAUAAUAAUUUUUACCCCAAUAAAACCAAUUCAAGGAGAUUUAAUGAAGAAACUGAUUACUAUAAUACAUCACCUCUAAAGCAUUUGUAUCAUAAUGAUACUACUUUGAUCAAACCUGUUAGAUUAAAUCAGGUUCUAAAUAAUCCUGAUAUUAAUUCAACAGAUGAAGAAGAAAAUAUUGUUUUAAAAGCAAAAAUUGUGAUACCUCCGAAUUCUGUAAAAACGGAGACUGAUAAUACUAAAAAAAUUGAAGCAAGUGAAAUAAAAGCAGAUGAAAAUAGAAAUCCAGUUCUGAUAACCGAAAGAAAUUAUAAUACUAGAUCGGGUUCUCUAUCUUCAUUGGAUUCAUGUUCCAGUUCGUACUCAACAACUUCUUCAUCUUCCUCAGGUAAUUAUUCACCUUUUGAAGAUUUAAACUUCUCAAACUAUAAUCAACCAUAUGAAUCGUUAUCAUCAAUCGACUUGAAUCAUUUUAAUCAUUUACCCCCUUUAUCAAAUCUGAAUGAUUAUUCUAAUAGUAAUAGUAAUGAAAUUUUUUACGAUGCAGUUCAAAAUGAUACAAUUGUAAACAGUCAUGACGAUCUUUACGAUGAUAGACAAAGCGUCGUUACAGAUGUUGUUGAAGAUCAAAAUAAUUAUAUGAACAACUCAAAUGAAACGUUGAUCAAUUCAAACUUUAAGCCAUUAUCAAUUGGAUCUAUUACGCAUGAUAGUGGCAUUGAUAUAAACAUUCCAAGAGGAUCACCGACCAUCUUCCAGCAACCAGAAACUAGCAAGGAACAAUCAUAUAAGUUACCAGCUAAUGGAAACCAAGAUCAAAAUAAGGAUCAAAAUCAAAACUUGAAUAUAAAUUUAAAUUUAAAGGGACAAAAAGAAAUUGAUUAUCAAUCAUUUUUAAGUGCAUGUUGUUUUCACGCAUCACCACUAAAAAAGAAGUUCGGCAAUGACAAAUAUGCAUCAACUUCAAUGUUGCCACUGGAUUCUCCGCCCCAUAAGAGGACAUUACCGCUAAAUAUUUGCAAUAACGAUUACAAAAAAAACUUCUCGUCUUCAAGGUCACAUAAUUUGGACCUGUUGAGUUCUUCACCUCCAAUUUUAUCGCAGGGGUCUCACUGGAGUUUAUAA